UAUAUAGUUGCGCGUUUCCAUAAUGACGAAACGGAGUGUAAAAAAAAUCUAAUCAAAUAACGGUUUACACGACGAAACACUGUGAAAAUUAUAAAUUAUUGAGUUACGUACGCAUCGACAAUAAAAUAUUAUAGAACAGUCUGAACGUGCCAAGUGAAUCGCAUACCUGCUCUGCAUGCCAUCGUCAAAGGGCAAGGCGAACCGCAAAGACUCGACGUCGAACUUGCUUCGGCUGUUCCAUGGUGGACGGACCGAUCAUCGCGUGGUCACCAGACAAGACCUGACCACGGAUUACCCCGAUAAUGAUAACAGUCCGCGGACUUCCACCUCUGAUGGCGGGGUCGCCAUCAAUAAUUAUUACACGUGGAACUCGUCCAGAACAAACUCUUCCAUACACAAGGAGAGGGCGGAAAUCGUAUCAGCACUGCACUCGGUCAAGUCAGCGUCGGAGCUGCAUCACGGCCUGUCGACGUGCAACAGCUUCACCGGAUCGCACAGGCUGAGGGAAAUCAUGUCAAUGUGCGCGGACCGCCGGGGCGAUUUUUCAACGGACGAGUACCACCGCCACGACCACGGUAACAGCGGUAACGACCAGGCCGACGACGUGGCUUCGACGUGGUCGACCAGCGGAGCGACCGCGGACCGGCGUAGUUGGUCGUCGUCGUAUAUCGGUGGCGCGUCACGUUGCUGGUCGUGUACAGCCACCGACCGCGAAACUGACGACGACGAAGACGACGACGACUAUGGCAAUAACAACAACUUGACCGCGGACGAGGCUAACUGCCGGCGGACGGCCGAUAGCCGUCGGUUGUCUUGGGUACGAAAGUUGAACCAGAAGUUCAGAAACAGUCGGGACAGCAGAUAACAUGAUAUGCAACUGUAUUAUAAUGUACAAUAAUAUAGGUACUCUAAAUUAUAAUAAUAAAUUAUUAAUAUAAUCUUAUAAGAUGAGCGUGUUCUGUACAUUCGUGCGCAAUCGUACUAUCUAUAUAAAAUAAUAAUCGCAAUGUCUGCAGCGAGAUGAAAACUAGACCCGAAAUAGCAAAAGUAAUAAUAACAAAGUAAAACCAAAAAAGCGA